AUGUCUUAGAAGAUGGCUCUUCAGCUCCCUAGAGGCCUCUGGACAGCAGCUGUGAUGGACAUGCUGAUGCUGCUGAGCACCUCGAAGGCUGAGGGCAGAGACUCUCCACAUAAUUGCAAGGCAGCUACUCUCCAGAACCACCACUUAAGUUCCUGUGCUACCAACAGAAUGGAGCGGGUGCGGCUUGUGGAGAGAUGCAUCUAUAAUCAGGAGAAGACUGUGCGCUUCGACAGCGACAUGGGGGAGUUCGUGGCACUGACGCCGCUGGGGCGGCCUGACACGGAGUACUGGAACGGCCAGAAGGAGCUCCUGGAGCAAAGAGGGGCCUACGUGGACACGCUGUGCAGACACAACUACCAGGUUUAUGGGAGCUUCACGGUGCAGCGGCGAGUGGAGCCUGAAGUGACCGUGUCUCCAGCCAGGACAGACCACCAUAACCUGCAAGUCUGCUCAGUGACAGAUUUCUAUCCAGGUCAAGUCAAAGUCUGGUGGUUUUGGAAUGACCGGGAGGAGACAGCUGGCAUUGUGUCCACUCCCCUCAUUAGGAAUGGCGACUGGACCUUCCAGAUCCUUGUGAUGCUGGGAAUGACUCCCCAGCGUGGAGAUGUCUACACCUGCCACAUAGAGCACCCCAGCCUCCAGAGCCCCAUCACAGUGGAGUGGCAUAAGAGGCAGUUUGUUUCCUUCUACUGUGUGACCCACAAGACAUCCCCUCUGGCCCUUCUCAUCCCCUCCCUUAUCCCUGACGGCACUACUGUGCUGGGAGUUACAGAAGAUUAGAGCAUCUCCUACUCCAUGGCAA